AUCUGCUUGGACUGUCAGCAUGAUUGAGUGCAUGUUGUUGGCGCUUAUAUGCUUGAUAAUUCCUCAUUCUCAAGCUUUGAUACCCAUCGCAAAGAAUUAUAGUCCAGAAGAGAAAUAUUGUACAAUUUAUAAGUGUGUACCUAUUGUGGAUAAUUAUCCGUCAUGUAUAACAUUGAAAGAAGCUGUUAAACGAUUCCGGGAACGACUUGUUCAUGAAGAAUUUCCAUCGUCAACAGCACCAGUUGAUAAAUGUCUUAUACUUCCGAUAUUGCUGGUAAUAACUUCAGGCUGUGAUGAAAGUAAUGAAGUGCUACGGCCAUCUGAUUCAGCCAACGAAUCAUGUAAGUGAUUGCCUUUAUUACACACACACAUAAAAUAUGAUGGUAUGAAAGAUUCCAUUUCAUUUCAGCAACAAAAGAUGGAUGAGGAUAUUUUCUAUGUUGCAAAUCUGUUUAUCAGGGCUCCUGAAGUCUGGGGAAUUAUACGUGGGUUAGAAACAGUGUU